AUGGACAAAAGUUGGAUGCUAAUCACUGAUAGACUUAGGUCUAGCGAAUAUGCCAAUGGCGUUAAAGAAUUCAUUACUUUGGCCCGAUCUCAUGCUAACGGUAGUGAUGAAAUUCGUUGUCCAUGUACCCUAUGCUCGAAUAAUUAUUUCUUACCUUUUAGUGAGGUCGAAAGACAUUUGUUCAUUAGGGGUAUUGAUAAAAAUUACACAGUGUGGAUAUUUCACGGCGAUGAGGAAUAUUUAUCUUUAAGUGAUGAUGAUAAUCUUCACGAUUCCCCACAUGAUGAUCAAUACAUUGAUGACGUUGAUAUUAUGUUAGAAGACAUUCAGGCUGGCAGAUUUAGUGGUGUGCCUUCAAACGAGUCAUUCAAUGGUGGGGGUACAACCUCAGUCGAACCUGAGUCAACCAAAUCUUUCGAUCAGUUGUUGGUUGACGCACGUCGUCCUCUUUAUGAAGGUUGUACAAAGUAUUCAAAACUUUCAUUUCUUGUCAAGUUGUUGCACAUUAAGACAUUGGGUGGUUGGAGUGUGAAGUCGUUCGACAUGCUUCUACAAUUAUUGAAAUCAGCUUUUCCCAAUGCCCUUUUGCCUAACUCAUAUCAAGAGUCACGUAGCUUGUUACGAGGGUUGGGCUUUACUUACACCAAAAUCCAUGCUUGUCCGAAUGAUUGCAUUCUUUAUUGGAAAGAAAAUGUAGAUAAAGAAGAGUGCCCAAAAUGUAAGGUGUCAAGGUGGAUAUUUAGCAAAAGUAAGCAAAAAAGUAUUCCUCAGAAGGUCCUGCGACAUUUCCCACUGAAGCCAAGAUUACAAAGACUGUUUAUGUCCCAAAAAAUAGUAGCUGAAAUGAGAUGGCAUAGAGACCAGCGCAUGAAUGAGCAUGGUGUUCUAAGACAUCCUGCUGACUCUGAGGUCUGGAAGGCAUUUGAUCAACAAUAUUCUUGGUUUGCUCAAGAUAGCCGCAAUGUUAGGCUUGGUCUAGCUAGUGACGGUUUCAACCCAUUUAAUAAUUUGAGUAAACCAUAUAGUAUAUGGCUAGUUAUACUUGUCCCUUACAACUUGCCCCCGUGGUUAUGCACGAAAGAUCAAUUUUUCAUGACUUCACUCCUGAUUCCCGGACCGAGGUCACCAGGCAAUGAGAUCGAUGUUUACUUGCAACCUCUAAUAGAUGAACUAAUUGAUUUAUGGAAAAAUGGUGUUGAUACUUACGAUGCUAUGACAGCUCAGACGUUCCGAUUACAUGCAACUUUAUUUUGGACAAUUAACGAUUUUCCUGCAUACGGUAACCUUUCUGGUUGGAGCACUAAGGGAAAAAUGGCAUGUCCAUCGUGUAGGCAAGAAACAGAUUCGAUGUGGUUGACAUAG